CUCCGCGCACCGAGCAGUUUCCCCCCCUCCCUCCCUCCAAGCUCCGCCGAUAAAUCUAAAAUAGGUGUGACUGCAGCGCUCAAAAAGGCCAGUUCGGCGUCAAUUAAUAUCAAGAUUCAACCCUCUUCCUUAUUGCAGCUUUUUUUGGAUUAUGGGGACGUCGGUGUGUGCCAACUGCAGACGCUUGCCAAGAUUAAACCAUCAUCCGGAGGUAGAAGACAGGAUCACGAUUUAGAAAAACAAAACAAAAAACAAACAAACCAAAAAAAAAAACCUAAUAAUACGUGCGUGAAUGCGAUUUUCUUUGAAUUUUUCGGUGCGCGUUUUUUUUCUGUGAAUAUUCUCCGUAUAUUUGGACGCGUUUUGAGGGCUUGGAGCGCGCGGUGAGCGGUAGCAGCAGCAGCAGCAGGGCUGUUUCCAGCUCAGAGUUAUUGGCAUACCCUGCAAUCAUCAUCGUCACCGUCAUCAUCUGAUUGGUAACAUUCAUUUUAAUAUAACUGGCAUGAGCAGCUGUCACAGUUUCCUGCCGUUUUUUUUUUUUUUUUUUUUAGCGCUACGGUGUGUGAGGAACGGUGAACCAGUCUGCUGCUGCUGCUGCUGCUGCUGCUGUUGUGUGUGACGAGAUUAUUUCCAGAUACAGAGGGGCAGUUUGGAGUCUCAUGCGCCCAGAUCAAACAAUUAAGAUGACAAAAAAGGGUGAUUGUCUCCAUUACCGAGCGAGCUGCGUUGGGAUUGCGUUGCAUUUCGUUGGGGGACAGAGAGCAGAGGAGGAGGAGGAGGAGAGGAAGGAGAAGCAGAGGAGAGCAGCUGAACCGCCGCUGACUGGCAAGCUGUGGCUUCAGUGAUGGACUGAUCUGGAGGUGAAGGGAUCCCAGUCACAGCCUCAGUUUCAUUUCUUCCCCCCCCCCCCGCCCUCCUCCCUCAGGAGCCUUCAAAAACACCUCUGGACACUCUGCAGCACAGGUGAGGCUGCAGUGAAAACCCAACGAAUUGUCCUGAUGACUGAAAUACUUCAAGCUUUCAGAGAUCAUACCUGGAUCGCCGUCUCUGUAAUGCCUUCACAAUCUGAUUCCUUCAGCGCACCGAGAAGGAAUUAAGCCUCACAACGCUCCUCUUGCACUAAGUGCCCUGGAGACCCACCUGGAUCCAGUCUGCACCCCCAGAUGUUCUGAUUUCUUCUCCAGAAAGUCCUGUAUUUUUGGCUGCAUGGACACUUCUUCAAAGACGUGGCUGCCGCAUCAGGGUCAGUUUGGCUUGGUUGGUCAAGCGGAGGUUUGCUGUGGUGGACCGGGAGUUUUGACGCCAAACCAAUCCCGCAGGGCAAGUUUUGCCUCUGUAAGACAGUCGAGUAUGGAGACUCCUCCUAACACGACCCCUCAGCCCUUCAGGCAGCCGAGUUUUCUCAAUCGGAGGCUGAAGGGCUCCAUCAAGAGGGCGAAAAGCCAGCCGAAGCUGGACCGGACCAGCAGCUUCAAACAGAUGAUUCUGCCCCGGUUUCGUAGUGCUGACCAAGAGAGGACUCGCUUGAUGCAAAGCUUCAAAGAAUCCCACUCCCAUGAGUCCCUCCUUUCCCCCAGCAGUGCUGCAGAGGCUUUAGACCUAGUUCUGGAUGAAGAUGCCAUUAUCAAGCCUGUCCACUCUAGCAUUUUAGGACAAGAGUACUGCUUUGAGGUAACCACCAAUUCAGGGACAAAAUGUUUUGCCUGCCGAUCAGCUUCUGAAAGAGACAAAUGGAUUGAGAAUCUGCAACGAGCGGUCAAACCAAACAAGCACUCUUUUCAGGACAACAGCAGGCGGGUGGAGAAUGUGCUCAAGUUGUGGAUAAUUGAGGCUCGAGAUCUUCCAGCUAAGAAACGUUACUACUGCGAGCUUUGUCUGGACGACAUGCUGUACGCGCGCACCACCAGCAAACCCCGCACCGACACGGUCUUCUGGGGAGAACAUUUUGAGUUUAACAAUUUGCCAACCAUUCGUAGCCUUCGUUUGCACCUUUACAAAGAGACAGAUAAAAAGAGACGCAAGGAGAAAAGCACAUACAUCGGCCUCGUCAGCAUCCCAAUAUCCAGCAUCACGGGCCGGCAGUUUGUUGAGCAGUGGUACCCAGUGAUACAGUCCAGUGUUUUAGCCAAAGGUGGCGGCGUUGGAAGUGCCAAAGUGAUCAAUGCUUCGCUGCGUGUCAAGUCGCGCUAUCAGACUAUGAAUAUUCUCCCAAUGGAGCUGUACAAGGAGUUUGCCGAGUACAUCACCAACAACUACCGAACACUGUGCGCGGUGCUGGAGCCGCUGCUGAGCGUGAAGAGUAAAGAGGAGGUGGCGUUUGCUCUGGUGCACAUUCUUCAGAGCACAGGGAAAACAAAGGAGUUUCUUUCAGACAUGGCGAUGUGUGAGGUUGAUCGAUUUAUGGACCGUGAACAUUUGAUCUUUCGGGAAAACACACUGGCUACAAAGGCUGUGGAAGAGUACCUCAAACUAAUAGGUCACAGAUACCUCAAGGAAGCUAUAGGUGAUUUCAUUCGAGCCUUAUACGAGUCUGAGGAGAACUGUGAGGUGGACCCAAUGCGUGUCCCACCGUCAGUCCUCGCUGACCACCAAGCCAACCUCCGGAUGUGCUGCGAGCUUUUACUCUGCAAGAUCAUCAACUCCCUCUGCAUCUUUCCCCGGGAGCUGAAGGAGGUUUUUGCCUCUUGGAGAGCCAGAUGCGCCGAGCGAGGAAGAGAGGAUCUCGCCGACAGCCUCAUCAGCUCCUCCCUGUUCCUGCGCUUCAUGUGCCCGGCCAUCAUGUCACCGUCCCUGUUCAACCUGAUGCAGGAGUACCCGGCCGAGCGCACGUCCCGCACGCUCACGCUCAUCGCCAAGGUGAUGCAGAACCUGGCCAGCUUCACCAAAUUUGGACCCAAGGAGGAAUACAUGUAUUUCAUGAACGAGUUCCUGGAGAUGGAGUGGGGCUCCAUGCAGCAGUUCCUCUAUGAGAUUUCCAACAUGGACACUGGAGGAAACGCCGGAGGCUUUGAGGGCUACAUCGACCUUGGUAGGGAGCUGUCCAUGCUGCACAGCUUGCUGUGGGAAGUCAUGGGACAGCUCAGUAAGGAUGCAAUCCUCAAACUCGGACCCCUGCCACGGCUGCUGAAUGACAUCAGCGUUGCCCUGAGGAAUCCGCAGCUCCACAUGCCCACAAACCACCAACCGGAGAGACCGAAGGACAGACUCUUCUCCCGCCCAUCCUUCAAUCGCCUUAUGUCCUCUGAUUUCCAAAGCCUUAUGAUGCGUGAUUUAAACAGCUCGAUAGACAUCUCGCGCCUCCCGUCGCCCACGACCGGAGUCUCAGCUGUAGAAUCCCUCUCCUCCAAUCUGAACAUGAGGCGUCAGGCCGAGCGAGACCUCCGCUCUUCGUCCAGGGAGGUGUUCUACGUCACCCGCCCACCUCUGGCUCGAUCCAGCCCUGCGUACUGCACCAGCAGCUCGGACAUCACAGAACCCGAUCCGAAGGUCCACAGUGUCAACAAAAGCGUCUCCAUGAUGGACCUUCAGGACUCCCGAAUGAACAGCAUCUCCAACCUGAACUCCGUUGGAGACAUGCUAGCCUCCUCUCAGGCCUCCAUUGCUGGCCUCGGCCACAGCUUCGGGAACCUGGGCGCCCCGCUUCGUAUGGGGGGCCACUUGCCCCCGGGGUCAUCUGGCUCUGGCCUCAGACUGAGCCAGAUGGGCCACGUAGGGGCCCCAACAGAAUCCAUCUCCCAGCAGCAGCAGCAGGCAGCUGCAGCGAUGCAUUUCCCCCUUUCUUUCCAGAAUCCUCUAUUCCAUCUGGCUGCCCAGAACUCCCCGGCUCAGUCCCAGGCUCCUCCUCCAGCUGCCGCCCCUCCUCCGCUGCUCCUCACCCCGGAGGCUGAGAACGGCCACCCCGACUACCCGCCCGCCUUUGGCAACAGCGCUUUCUCCCGCAGCGAGGACCUUUCUGCCCUGCAGUCGCAGAGCAGCCUGGUGCAGCCCAGCAUCGUACAUUCGCACAGCUACAGCGACGACUUCACCCGGCAGAAUCAGAACAACGACUACGCCUGGCACCAGCUGUCUCUGCAGGUGCAGGAGUCUCUGCAGCAGCAUCAUCUGAUGGGAGUCACAUCUCAGACAGGCACCGGCACAGGCACUCCUGCUUCCUUGGCUACACCUCCGACCACAGUUCAUCCGUCCCGCCAGUCAUCUAUUGCUGCUCAGCACCUCAAGUCCCAGCGCUCCAUCAACACACCUGCCACUGCCACGCCUCCAAAGGUUCGUCCGCAGAGCAGGAACCUCCUCCUCAACUCCUCGGAUGCGAGCUUCAGCGGCAGUCAGCCAAAGUCCCGCCCAUCGAAGCAAAUGACACAGCAGCAGCAACAGCAGCCGCCGCCACAGCAGGACGGGCAGCUGCUGGUCACUGACAGUCCGGCUCCAGGGCUACCCUUCCAGACAAGCUCCGCUAAAGAAAACCAGGCUCCGGCAGCAGCUGCAGAGGAGUCCACAGACACACCCACAAAAAGCAGCAAGAAGCCUCAGCAGUCACAGCUGCAGCCGCCGCAGCAGCAUCUCCUGAAACCGGUCGCAAACAAACAGGGUAACAGCCAGGGAAUGAACGAGCGGACGGUCGCAUGGGUCUCCAACAUGCCACACCUCUCUGCCGACAUCGAGAGCCUGCGGCCGGACCGCGAGGGCCAGCUGAAAGAGUACUCUAAGAGCAUGGAUGAGUCACGACUAGAAAGGGUGAGGGAAUACGAAGAGGAAAUUCACUCUCUGAAGGAGCGGCUGAAGAUGUCGCAUCGCAAACUGGAAGAGUACGAGCAGAGGCUUCUGAGCCAGGAGCAGCAGACCAGCAAGAUCCUGCAGCAGUACCAGAACCGCCUCGAAGACAGCGAGCGGCGCCUGAAGCAGCAGCAGCUGGAAAAAGACUCUCAAAUCAAAGGCAUCAUCAGCAGACUCAUGGCUGUGGAAGAUGAGCUGAGAGGGGGUGCCAUUCCUGAUAUUAAGCCUCGAAUCCUCACAGACCAGUCUCUCAGCCAGGUCUAUGGGGGCCUCCCUGGAUCCUGACUGCUAGCUCCAAAGUGACCAGAAUUCAUGAUGGUCACUCGGGUGUAAGAAGGUGGAUCAAAACGGCUCCUACAGACUGACUCGAGUCAAAGGCCUACAAAGGACCAACGAUGGUGUCAUCGCACAACAUUAUCCAUUAAGAAAUAUUUUCAAAGUUGUUGCAAAUAUUAAAACUAAGCCUGUAACAGAACUUGACAAUCAACUCAGCAAGAGGACCAACGUGUGCAGCAAAUGCUUUGCACGGUUUGGUUGAAAUAUAAGCCAGUGCCACAAUAACGACAAUACUGUUCCUAAAGAGUUUUUGUAACUGUGGUGAAGAAGUUGUGGAAAACAGUGGGAUGAAGACGGAUUUAAGAUUACUUCCCCUCUUCUACAAGAAGCUUCCCACUUCAGUGGCUGAGGAUAAAAUGUAUAGAAGAGGCUUUUACCAGGCACAAUAUUCCUUCAUGGUGACGCCUUCAGCAAGCAACAAGCAUGUUGUUGAAUCAUCAAAUAUUUUCUACUUUAGAUUUAGUAGAAUUUAGCUUUUUUAUUUUUCUUUAUAUUAUAGCCAUCUCAUCUUAAAAAGCCAGACAAGUUCUACAAUCAGCUGAUUUGAGUACAAUCUGAGGUCUGUGAUUUAACUUUUUAAGUUUGAAAGAUAUCGCUAAAACUUGACUUUCAAUGUGUAUAAAAAUGUAUUCGUAAAUAUUCUAAAUCCAUUUAAUAAUGGGGACAUUUAAACUAAUCUAAUUUUAUAAAAGUGAUGGAUAUAAUGACAACAUGGUGAUUUUUCAAAACAGUGAUACAGAUUGCUAUUUUUCUAAGGAAAAUUCUGGGCAAAUUAAACACAUUACAGUAUUGUAACAAUUUUAUCCAGUACCUAGAUGUAAGGAGUCUUGGAACCAAAGGUGGUUUGAAUGGCAACCAAAUUAAAAUUCAUGUCUGUCCUUGGGUAUUUUAAAAUAUGGUUUGGGUGAUAUAAUGUGGGCAUGAGGAAUCUGUAUCUAAACUGUGGUAUGCAUUUCUCAGAACAGACUCACUUUCAAGUAUGGGGAGGGAUUCUAAUUGGAGAGUAAAGCUAACACAGCAUCACAGAAAUGGGUCAAAUCAAUACAACACAUACUCAAAUCUUUUUGGACAGGUUAAGUGUCAAAUUUUAGUAGUUAUACCCUGCCCCUUUUUUAAUUAGAUGUAAACGCCACCACCUUCCAAACCAAACAACUCUCUGAGUAGCUGCUAGCUUGACUCCGGGUAGCUGCUAGCUUGACUCCGGGUAGCUGCUAGCUUGACUCCGAGUAGCUGCUAGCUUGACUCUCAGUCACUUUGUAACGCUGUUUUGAAAAUGUGCCAUAAGAUUUUAUGUUAAUAGCUUUGACUAUAAAUUUACUGUGUCCCUGCUUAUAGCUAACACAUUAACAAGCAUUGGAAUACUCAUGUUUUUUUGUUUGUUUUUAAAUGUCUCUGACGCAUACAUCUGCAACAAUUCUGCAUGUGCUUUUGGUGGCAAGAAUAAGUAAGUCAGUAAUUCUAUGAUUUUGCUACAAUUAUCACGCUUUGAGACAGCUUUUCAUUGUAAGGCAUAUUUUUUAAGCUAACCUGUCAGCUCCUCCAGUUUUUAUUCAGAAGAGUGUGGCACUGAGCCUUUUGCAUUAUAGCUACAAUAUGACGGAUGGAGAGAAACGGAUUGAUUAAAACAUUAAAAGACUAAGAAACAGGGAUAUGUAGUAUAUGUGCAUAAGAUUUGACUGCCUUACAGCCUGUAAUACAGGGCCCAAAAACAACAAAACCAAUACAAAGAAAAAGGAGAAAAAAACAACCUGUAAACUUUGUAUAUUAAAUGUACUUUUUGUAGUCAGGUGAUGAAUUAAUAAGCAGUGUGUUGGUUAACUCUAUUAGAAUCAUUUACAUUACAAAUUUCAUGGUUGAUAUAUUUUAUCUUAACCUCUUGCCUUUAAAAAUACAUUUUACUUCAAGAUAAAUUAUAAAAAAUUACAUGUUUAUGUUACCAGAAAUGUAUAAAAUAGCUUAAUGUAUAUCUAUUCUUAUAUGUAAAAUGUAUUAAAAUCAAGGGUAGGCCCUCAGGCAUGUUAAAGUUGUGGCAAAAACUAAUUCUUAUAUUCUAUGAUGACUCUUAAUGCUGCAAUCCAGAAACAACAGUUGCGGGCGGAGUGUUUUUCUUUUCUUCCGGAGGAAUUGAUGAUUAUUAUACUAGCUCGCCUGUGUUGUGUAACCAAAACAGUUGUGGUGCUUUCAUCAAUGCUGGAUUGCAGUUUUAAGUUCUUUUUGAAAUAUGUAUCUAUUUAUUUACUUGGCCUGCAUUGCAAUACAGUAUUCUAAAAUGUUAAA